GUAGGGACUGCGGUGACAACUUUAAACAUGCUGCUAGUUAGCUCUUGAUGUACUCUAGCAGAUAACGUUUUUAAUUAAAGAAGGCUUUCAGAAUGGACAGCACUCCUUCGCACUGCCGUACUGGUGUUACUCAGAGAAAAACACUUUCUCAGUUACUGGGUUCAAGAUUAAGCAGACAACGAAAGAGAUGCCCUCCAGAACCCCUCCUGCAAGAGACUGUGAUUCAGUUCAUGAGGCACCAUCAGAACCUUAGUGAUCUGCUCCUUGAGGUUUCUGGGUCGGAGAGCAAACGCUUAUGUAAUGGUGGUGAUGAUCGUAAUGCUGACUGUCCUGCCACAGGUUCGUUUAUAGCUUCAGUGAUACAAGAGCAAGCUUUACUGAUGGACCUUCCUUCUGGGCUUUUGUCUGCCAGAGCAUGUGUGGAGAAAAUUCAGCAGAUAGCAUGGUUUGCGGAUACACCCAGAAAAUCAGUUAUGUUGGAUUCCAUCCAGCGAAGUAAGCUUGUCUGUUUGCUGCAAACUUUACAAGAACUGUUGUCCACCAGUAUGCUCAACCGACUGCAAUUUAGUGAGGAAAUUUGGAAAGCAAGGGAAACACCCAUGCUGGAAGUUGUUUGGCAUUUGCAGAAAGAAAAUAUUGUGAGCCUUGAAGAGCUCGUAACAAGUAAUCCUGAUGUAACUUCUGUUGUAUGCUGGCUUUUCGACAACUUGUGUCUCCUUUGCUCAGUGACUGAAGAUCAUCCCCAGCAUCAAAAUAUACAGAGUCAAAUACUGUCAGAUAUCGUCACUGAAUUAGUUAGAAAUGGAUAUAUGGAAUCAAAUAAUUUGGAGUCUGACUCUAAAUCUCUGCAGUUUAAGCAGAUUUGUUUUGAGGUGUUGAACAGAAUGCUUUCAUGGUUACUGGAUAAUGUGUGUAAGGAAGUAGAAAAAGACGACCCCUCUGUGCAGAAAGCAACUCUGUUCUGGUUGAAUGUGUUUGAUGUGACAUUGUUCCAUGGUAUAGUGUCACUGGAUUUGUUAAAGCAGUUCUUCUACUACACACUAACUCAGAUUCUCACCUUUAAUCCCGUGCUUGAAGCAUCAGAUGCUAUUCGCAUGCAAGGAGAAUGGUGCUUUGCGAAAACGAAGACUAUUCUAACAACAUUGUACAGGAAGCUCUUUGUGCUAUUCAGUGCAGAGGAGUUGGUCAUUCAUCUUCGGCAGGUUCUGGAGACCCACGAGGUGAACUGGCAGAAUAUACUGUCCUGUGCUUCUACCUUGUUGAUCUGCCAACCACAGACCCAAAAGCUAUUGAAAGAACUGCUGGCUAGCCUACUGCUUAAUUCCUUUGAGAAUUAUGAAUUGGAGAGCAUAAUCACUGCAUUCCUACUUGUACGACAGGCUGCACUGGAGGGACCAGCAGUUUUUAUCAGCUAUUCAGAAUGGUUCAAGAAUUCCUUUGGGUCUGCGAAUGGUUACCAUGGUAAUAGUAAGAAGGCUCUAAUUUUUCUGCUGAAAUUCCUGACUGACCUGGUGCCAUUUGAAUCAACACAAUACUUAAAGGUUCAUAUUUUGCACCCCCCAUAUGUCCCUUCAAAGUAUCGAGCUCUACUUCUGGAGUACAUCUCACUGGCUAAAACGAGACUAGCAGAUCUCCAGGUGUCAGUUGAGGAUAUUGGUCUAUAUGAGGAUCUGUCAACAGCACACUGUCCCCCCAAGCCUCAGUGUCAAGCUCUGCAGGAUGUUGAAAAAGCUAUACUAAUAUUUGAAAACGCGGGAAGAAUCCCAGCUAGCGUAAUGGAGGCAAGCAUUUUCCGAAGACCUUAUUAUCUGACACGAUUUUUGCCUGCACUGCUUACCCCUCGAGUGCUGCCAGAGUCACUGGAUUCACGUAUGGCCUUUAUUGAUUCCUUGAGGAAAGCAGAUAAAAUACCAGAUAACGUGUAUACAAGCUACAUUCAUGCUUGCGACAGGGAGAAACAGCGUCUGCUGGAAGGUGUUUCAGCGUCUGAGGAAAUGGAGCAUCCAAGGGAACCAAUCAAUGUCCUGUCUGCUGCUCUGGAAGAGCUCAGGAGAGUGGCCACCAGUCCAAACAGAAGUGAAGAUGUUUCUGCUCAGAUUGCUGUAAUCUCUGGUCAAUUGAAAACUAUGAUAGAUGAUGGUGAUGAUUACACUGCAGUGGAUAAACCAAUCCAACUAAAUACUGUUAGGGAUAAAUUGGGGCCUCUGGAAUUAGAGGUCAGAGACCUCCUAUUGAAGAGUUUUUGUCAGAUCUUUCUUACAACUUCAAGUUUCAAUCCAUCACAGAGGCAAAGUGAAUGGGCAUCUUUGUUUGUGAAAAUGUUGUGUGGUCACAAAAGACUUCUACGUGCUGUUCUUCUCAGAGUCCUACAGCUCACCACCCUUCAGGGUUCUUCGCUCAGUGAUGUUCACAUUCUAGGACUGGCUGGCUUUACCAUUCACAUACACAUCUUGCAGAUCUGCAUUUCAGUGGAGAGCCCACAAUCAGCUGAUACAGAAGAUGUGCCGUUUGUUAGCUAUCUAAACCGGUUCCUUGUGUGUAGCACUGGGGAUAAUUUGACAUUCUGCCUGAGGUUUUGUACAGUAGCGGUGGUUUAUGCGAUCUGCUUGUCGUCAUCAUCAUCAUCAUCAUCCUCGUCCUCACUCGAUGUCGUAACACAAUUUGUUCCUUCUGGGUUCGUGCAAAAGCUGCUGUAUAUAGUUCCUCGACUGAUUCCAAAGUCUAGAAGAGAACACGGAGGGGUAGUAGAAUUUACCUGGAAUAAUCUUGUUGGUCUUAAUUUAAACUGGACCUCUGCAGCAUUUUCAGUAUUUAAGCACCGUACAUUCAAGGAGCUUGCACAGAUGAAAAACUUCCAGCUAACAUUUUAUGAUUGGUUGAUGUCUGAACUGGAAAUUCAGCCACAUGGAGAUCUAUUAAGCAAUGUAGACAGACAAGAAUAUCAACAUUGGGCCUGUUACCAACAUUAUCUGCCAUCUCCUCUUACAGCAGGGGGCUGUGGAGGAGAUCUAGUGACUGCGUGUAGGAUUAUUAUUAAUGCAUUAAUGGAUUUCAAUAAAAGAGCCAAAGUUCAAAACUUCAAAGGAUUUGCUUGUACAGAACUUCCUUCAAUCAAUAGAUCGGGUUAUGAAAAUGUUAUCUGUCUCCUGCAGGAAAUUGUGUUUGAUCUGGAAAGGCUAUGGGCAAAAGCACCCGGCAAAAAUUUAUCACCUGAACGUGGUCAUUUUCUCCUGGAUGUGUUUCGGGAUAGAAAAGCAAAAGUGGAAUUGCUGAUGUUGAGCCAGCAGUUAGAGCACCAGGCUGAACUGCAUCUAUUUGUUAGAAUUCUAUUGGCACUUCCUCCUGUUGUGCUGUUCAGAACUUGCACGGAUGGCCCGAAAACAAUUCUGGAAUGUGGGGAAUUCUUCCAGUUUACAAAUAGAGAACUGCGGAAUGGUUACUCCAAGGAGUUGGCUCUUUCUUUUGAUAUUACUUUACACUUCUUCAGAGGUUUGCUUAGUGCUUCGGUGAACUGUGAAGAGCCCAGUAGUGCUGUUGCUGGCAUUCUAGAUGAUAGCAAAGCACAUUGUCCUCUGCUCAUGCUAUCUGCAAUGUGCUGGUGGGUGAGAUUGGAGCCUGUUCUUUCCACACAAUGGAAACGGAUUAGUGAUUCCUCGUUUCCCAGAGAACUGCAGAGGAUGGUUGACAGCCAGUGCUGGGCAAACAGGUUACUUUUGGGGAAAUUGGAAAAUCCUCCAGCCUGUCCUUCAUGGGUGCUGGGUGCUUUUUUAUACUUCACCCUGCGGAGGGAAAAUGGCCUGAAGAUGUUGCAGACAGCAACAAGAGAGAUCUGUGCUGAAAAUGAAAUGUUCCAGAUUUCUGUCCUGUAUCUCAUUUUGAUGGAUUUGGUCUCUUCACUACUGCAACCAAAGGAAACCUCUGAUAUAACUGUUACAUUAAAAGCAUGCACUGAUGUGAUCAUGGUUCUGGAAGAACAGAACAAAUCCUGGCUUAAUAUAUUUUCGAUGACAAACCAGGGUCACAAUCCUCAUCAGUUCCUAUACAGUAUGAUGUCAGAUAUGGAAAUAAAGCUUCUUCCUGUUGUCUUCUAUAGUUUUAUUCCUGCUCUGGAUCCAAAGCUUCUUUCUUCUGUCAUCAAGCACCCAGAUUUUCUUUUAGUGGCUAUCACUGUGUACUCGGCAAUCAUCAAGCUCUUCCUCGAUGGAGAAGUAAUCUCAGCCUCGGAUCAGUGCGACUUGCAGUCAGAUCCUUUGGAAUUGAUAACAAUCGGACGUCAGUUCCUCCUUCGAAUAAUUCCAAGAUGUUCCAGUCAAAUUCUUUCACAGCGCAAUAAACUGCAGGUUGCUUGCAAGUUCAUUGACCCAGAGCUGAAAGCUUCGCUUGACCACCAGCUGCAGCUUUGCUUUGGUGAUGGAGUCUAUUCUGAACCAAUUCUUUUAGAAUGAUUGAUUUACUUGGAGCAGAAAAUGGUGACAAGGAGGCGUACAGGAGUGAGAUAGAUCAGCUGGUUGAGUGGUGUCACCACAACAACAACCUUGUGCUCAACAUCAGUAAGACCAAGGUGUUAGAUUAUGGGUUUCAGGAAGAGGAAGCCAAGGGAACACAUACCAGUCCUCAUCAAGGAAUCAGCAGUGGAGAGGGUGAGCAGUUUCAAGUUCCUGGGUGUCAACAUCUCUGAAGAUCUAUCCUGGGCCCGACAUAUUAAUGCAAUUAUGAUGAAGGCACGACAGAGGUUAUUAUUUCAUUCGGAGUUUGAGGAGAUUUGGUACAUCAACAAAUACUCUAGCAAAUUUUUACAGAUGUACCAUGAAGAGCAUUCUAACUGGUUGUAUCACCGACUAGUACGGAGGGGCCACAGCAACUUUCUGCAGCUCUUUCCAAUCUUGUGCAAAUUCAGCCAGAUCCAUCAUUGGCAUUAGCCUCCACAACAAAAGGACAUUUUUAAAAUGCAGUACCUGAAAAAAGCAGAAAAGGCCAUGAUCCCCUUUGUUUAUUUGGGACACUAUGCCGCUUAACUGGGGCAGGAGACAGUUGCCGAAUAAUUUCUAAUAUUGUCAGAUGUGUGGACAUUGGACACUACACCUGUUUAGAGCGAUCAGUUUUUAAAUAGCAUCAGUUACAUAUGCUUGUUCAAAGAACAGUAAUUUUUAUUACUGGUAGUUGGUGAGAAAUAAGCAAUAGAUCAAUUCAGAACUGUUUUGCUCACUGUGAUUUCAAGCAUUCUGGCUUGGAGAUACCAGAAACAGCUAGGAGUUGAAAUAAAAUCACUUCACUACUUCAACAAGUUAGGAACUACAAAAAAUUUGAAGAUAUUGAUAAUCAUCUUGAAUGUUACAAUGAAGAUUUGGGGGAUGCAACUGUCGACAUCAUUGAAUGAAGGCAGUGCAUUUCUACACUAGUCUGAACUGAUUUUGUUCAUUUACAGUUAAUCAAAAGAAUACAGCAGUGCACAGGCACACUGGAUGAAUUUCUCCACCAAUAACAAUUAGGAACUAAUCCAGUUUCAUAGCACUGUAGUAGUAGUAGUAGUGUUUUAAUUUGUUCUGUAUUUCAUUUAAAUACACAAUUUGUUACUUAAUUAAAUGGUAGUUUAUUUUUUUUAUACAUUUUUAUCUAUUUCCAUGAAACUUUGGCUAAUUGUGGCAGCCAUUUAAUUGGGCCAAAAUGGACUGAUCCUGAUGUAUACCAGUUAACUGGAAUCCACAGUAUAUAUAUGUAUUAUAAUUUAGUUUUCUAUAUAUGACACUGUACUGCUGCUGCAAAACAUGCCAUGAUAUAUGCCAGUGAUAUUAAUAUGAUUCUGAUGCUGGCAUGGUCAACAAACUGAGGAAUUGCUUUUGAAGUGCUGCCAGCCACAGCUGCAUAGAUAAUAAAGCAAUUAAUUUACACACUGCAUGCUAAACAAAUAAUAAUGAGCUAAAUAAUAAAGUAAUCUGUUUUGUGAUGGUUUUUAUAGCAAAGGUCUUGUAAUAGAGUUGAUUCCUCACAUUUUUAAUGUACAUUUUCUUAAAUACAGUUGAGGCAAUACACAAUUCCUUUGUUCCAUGUCGCUGCUGAACAGAGGUACCAUUCUGAUUCUUAAUGGAAGAAAAAGAACUACUCUUAAUUUAAGCAAGAGUCAUUGGUAUUUAUGUUCUAGCUCUAAUGUCUUGAUAAUAUAAAAGCUCGUACUAAUAAAAUAAAUUGGUAUCAUUCAAAGAAAGCAAAAUUGAGUCUAUUUUAUCAAAACAGGCCCUCAAAUUGUCAUAACUAAAGGCUUUGUCGCCUGAACAAGUUAUAAAACACUGCUAAUUCUUGAUUAGUCUUCUGUAGAAUCUCUAAUCCAUAACUGAACACCUUAAGCUUCAACUAUUCUAAUGCUCAUUGAGGCUCUUCCUUGCUUUUUACUAUAGCUAACUGACAAUUCAGAUUUAGCUACAUGUGUGUUCAAUUUGUGAAUUAAGUAAUGGACAUACAAGAUUGGGGGAUACAAUUUUAAUCACCUUGUGUUCCUGCUUUUGAUCUGCAUAGUUUUUGGUAAGAUGAUAGUUUUUUUUUGGAUGACUGAGCUAUUUACUUUCCAUUGAGCAUUACCCACCUCAUCAACUCACCAAAGCUCUCCUCUGCUCAGAACUUCACUUCCACACAUCCCCUAUAGUCUCUUUCCUAUUUUCAACUCCGAGUCACUGUCUUUAAAUUCUAGCCUGUCUACAUCAGAAACCUUCUUCAGCUACCCUCUCUUUUCUGGCACCACUGGGAGUCACAUUCAAUUGUACGCUCCUGUCCUUGAAAAUAAAUAUAUUUUAUUAUUUACAGUAACAGGCCCUACUAGCCGGUGUCACCCAAUUACAUCCACUUGACUAAUUAACCUACUAAUCUGUACAUCUUUGGAACAUGGGAGGAAACUAGACCACCUGGAGGAAACCUACAAGGUCACAGGGAGAAGGUGCAAGUUCCUUACAGACAACGGCAGAAUUGAACCUGGGUCGCUGGCACUAUAAGAUAAGCUGAGAUAAAACUUUAUUCAUCCCAGAGGAGAUUAUGUUGCAAGGUUGCUUAGUCAGAAAUAUAUACUUUAAAAUACAAAAUGCCCAUUAAAAAAUAAUUGUGCAAAAUAAAGAUGUGCAAUGAAACUAUAGACUUAUAUACUAAAGGCGGAGGUGUUGUACAGUCUUAUAACCACAGGGAGAAAGGAUCUCCUGUGGCAUUCAGUUUUGCACUUUGGUGGAAUCAGUCUGUCAGUAGAAGUGCUCCUCUGCUUGUCCAGUAUGUCAUGAAGGGUGAGAGGGAUUGUCCAUAAUGCUCGGUAGCUUUUUCAGCAUCCUCCUCUCAGACACAACCACCAAGGAUUCUAGUUCCACCCCCAGAACUGAACCAAGCCUUCCUGACAAGCUUAUCGAUCUUCUUGGUGUUGGCUGCUCUCACCCUGCUGCCCCAGCAGACUACAGUGUAGUAUAGAAUGCUGGCCACCACUGAGACUUAGAAUAUCGCAUAGUCCUGCAAACGAUGAAUGACCAGAGCCUCCUUAGGAAGUACAGUCGGCUCCGUCCCUCCUUGUACAGAGCCUCUAUAUAUUUAGUCCAGUCCAGUUUAUUGGUAUUUGUAGUCCCGGAUGACUUCUACCUCCUUUCUUUGAUGGAGAUGGGAAUGCAUAGUGUUUUCACCUUCCUGAAGUCCACCAACUCUUUUGUCCUAGUGCUGUUGAGCUGCAGGUGAUUCAGUCCACACCAUCCAACAAAGUUGACCACCACUCUUCUGUACUCAGCCUCUUGGCCCCGGCUGAUACAGCCCACAGCUGCUGAAUCAUCCAAAAACUUCUGCAGGUGGCAGGACUCUGAGUUGUAUCUGAAGUCCGAGGUGUAGACAGUGAACAGGAAGUGAAUAUAUAAUAUUUUAUGAUAACUGAUACUGAACUAUUCUGCCCAGUAGGUAUCUCUGCCUUAAAUAAUUUUGAAGCAGAAAGGAAUAAGUUAGCAAUUCUUCCAUUUCCUCCUUUGUGAUACUUACAGCAGUAGAGGAAAAAAAUAUUUUUGGCUUAAAUUGCUUUCAGAAAUCAAAAAUAUUGUGAUUGAGGUAUAUGUCUGCAAUUUUCUAGCAGAGUAUCUCCUGUACCUUAUCUAGGUAUUGGAACGAGGUCCUGGAAAUAAUUUCCAGGAGUACAAAUAAUUUUAUUCUUCACUGCCAUCUAAUGAAUGAACAAUUGGACAAAAUAAUUGUUGAUGG